AUGACCACCCCCUUUGGCGCUGGCGGCAACGUCAAUGCCGCCAAGGCCUCAGAGGGCGCCCCUCUCACCUCGGACACCCACGGCCAGCACGAUGACCACGAUGAGCCGCAGCCUUUCUCUGCCACCUCAAAGGUCCCCGGCAGCACGGACAUUGACGACACGGAGAAUGGUCCCAGGGACGCCUCCCCGUCCGACACUCUCAAGGAGGACAGCUACGACGACGGCGAGGAGGACGAUGGCGCCGAGAUGAGGCGGCGGAGCUCUGUCGUCCAGGCCCUCGCACGCAGCUACUCGAGGACGUCUGGCGUCGCGGGCGGCAACCCCUUCUUCGCCGGCGAGGACUCCCCCCUCAACCCGGCCUCGCCCAACUUCAACGCAAAGCACUGGGCAAAGUCCAUUGUGGAGCUCGUCCACCAGGAUGGCGCCAACUUCCGCUCCACUGGCGUCUGCUUCCAGCACCUCAACGUCCACGGCUUCGGCGAGGCCACCGACUACCAGGCCGACGUCGCCAACGUGUGGCUGGGUCUCGGUGGCCUGCCCCGCAAGCUCACCGGCGGCGGCAAGCAGCGCAUCGACAUUCUGCAGAACUUUGACGGCCUUGUCCGCAGCGGCGAGAUGCUGGUGGUUCUCGGGCCCCCUGGAUCCGGCUGCUCCACCAUGCUCAAGACCAUUGCCGGAGAAAUGAACGGUAUCUACCUGGACGACGGCUCCUACUUCAACUAUCAAGGCAUGGACGCAAAGGAGAUGCACACCCACCACCGCGGUGAGGCCAUCUACACCGCCGAGGUCGACGUCCACUUCCCCCAGCUCUCCGUGGGCGACACCCUGACCUUUGCCGCCCGUGCUCGCCAGCCCCGUCAACUGCCUGAGGGCCUCGAAAGGAACGCCUUUGCCGAGCAUCUCCGCGACGUCGUCAUGGCCAUGUUCGGCAUCUCCCACACCAUCAACACAAAGGUCGGCAACGAGUUUGUCCGUGGCGUGUCCGGUGGUGAGCGCAAGCGUGUCACCAUCUCCGAGGCCGCCCUGUCCGGCGCCCCUCUCCAGUGCUGGGACAACUCGACCCGUGGUCUCGACUCGGCCAACGCCAUUGAGUUCUGCAAGACCCUCCGUCUGCAGACCGAGCUCUUCCACAGCACCGCCGUCGUCUCCAUCUACCAGUCGCCUCAGUCGGCCUACGAUCUCUUCGACAAGGCUGUUGUCCUGUACGAGGGCCGCCAGAUCUUCUUUGGCCGCGCCGACGCCGCCAAGGCCUACUUUAUCAACCUCGGCUUCGACUGCCCGGCGCGUCAGACCACGCCCGAUUUCCUGACCUCCAUGACCGCGCCGCACGAGCGUGUGGUCCGCCCUGGCUUCGAGGGCAAGGCCCCGCGCACCCCCGACGAGUUCGCCGCCGCGUGGAAGAGCAGCCCCGAGUACGCGGCUCUGCAGGCCGAGAUUGAGGAGUACAAGGUCGCCCACCCCAUCGGCGGCCCCGACGCCGAGGCCUUCCGCGCCUCCAAGAAUGCCCAGCAGGCCAAGGGCCAGCGCGUAAAGUCUCCCUACACCCUCUCGUUCAUGCAGCAGACGCAGCUCUGCUUGUGGCGCGGCUGGAAGCGCCUCACCGGUGACCCGACCCUCAGUGUGGGCGCCCUGAUCGGCAACACCGCCACCGCCCUGAUCAUUGGCAGUGUCUUCUUUGACUUGCAGGAUGUGUCGAGCAGUUUCUUCCAGCGCGGCGCCCUGCUCUUCUUCGCUUGUCUCAUGAACGCCUUUGCCUCUGCUCUCGAGAUUCUGACCCUGUACGCCCAACGGCCCAUUGUCGAGAAGCACGCCCGUUACGCCCUGUACCAUCCGUCCGCCGAGGCCGUCGCCUCCAUGCUCUGUGACUUGCCCUACAAGAUGACCAACACCAUCGUCUUCAACCUGGUCCUGUACUUUAUGACCGGUCUGCGACGCGAGCCGGGUCCGUUCUUCUUCUUCCUCCUCAUCUCGCUCUUCACGGUCCUGUCCAUGUCCAUGAUCUUCCGCACCAUUGCCUCGUCUUCGCGCACGCUCUUCCAGGCGCUCGUGCCGGCCGCCCUGAUCAUCCUCGACCUCGUCAUCUUCACCGGCUUCGUCAUCCCCAAGUCCUACAUGCUCGACUGGUGCCGCUGGCUCUACUACCUGGACCCGCUGGCGUACGCCUUCGAGGCCCUCAUGGUCAACGAGUUCCACAACCGCCAGUUCCCCUGCGACGAGGUCGUCCCCAGCCAGGGGCCCUACGCGGACGUCCCAUUUGAGAACAAGGUCUGCAGCUCGGUCGGCGCCAGACCCGGCCAGGAAUUUGUCAACGGAGACGCCUACGCGGCCUCGCAGUUUGACUACCACUGGGAGAACCGCUGGCGUAACCUGGGCAUCAUGAUCGCUUUUAUGAUGUUCUUUCUGGUCACGUACAUGAUUGGCGCCGAGCUCGUCUCGGAGAAGAAGUCCAAGGGGGAGGUCCUCGUCUACCGCCGCGGCCACAAGCCCGCCGCCGCCGCCGUGGCCGAGAAGAAGCACACGGACCCUGAGGCCGCCAUGGCCAACAUCGGGCCCGUCGUCACCGCCGAGCGCAGCCGCGGCCAGAACAAGGAGGGCGCCAUGCUCCAGCAGCAGACCUCCGUCUUCCAGUGGCACGAUGUCUGCUACGACGUCAAGAUCAAGAAGGAGACGCGUCGCAUCCUUGACCACGUCGAUGGCUUUGUCAAGCCCGGCACCCUCACCGCCCUCAUGGGUGUCUCUGGUGCUGGCAAGACAACUCUCCUCGAUUGUUUGGCCGACCGUACCAAGAUGGGCGUGAUCACCGGCGAGAUGCUCGUCGACGGGUCCCCUCGCGACACAUCCUUCCAGCGCAAGACCGGCUACGUCCAGCAGCAGGAUCUCCACCUGCAGACCACGACCGUCCGCGAAGCCUUGAACUUCUCUGCUAUCCUCCGUCAGCCCGCCGACGUCCCCAAGGCUGAGAAGCUCGCCUAUGUGGAGGAGGUCAUCAAGCUUCUGGACAUGCAGGAGUACGCCGAUGCUGUUGUCGGCGUGCCCGGCGAGGGUCUCAACGUCGAGCAACGUAAGCGACUCACCAUUGGUGUCGAACUCGCCGCCAAGCCCCCGCUGCUCCUGUUUGUGGAUGAGCCGACCUCGGGUCUCGACUCCCAGACCUCGUGGGCCAUUCUCGACCUGUUGGAGAAGCUGACCAAGGCCGGCCAGGCCGUCCUCUGCACCAUCCACCAGCCUUCCGCCAUGCUCUUCCAGCGCUUCGACCGUCUCCUCUUCCUCGCCAAGGGUGGCAAGACCGUCUACUUUGGCGACAUUGGCGAGAACUCCAACGUCAUGAUCGACUAUUUCCAGCGCUACAGCGGCCUCACCUGCCCCGAAUCCGCCAACCCGGCCGAGUGGAUGCUCGAGGUCAUCGGCGCCGCCCCCGGAUCCCACUCGGACGUCGACUGGUUCAACGCCUGGCGCACCAGCCCCGAGUACGCUGCUCUCCAGACCGAGCUGGAGCGCAUCAAGGCGGAGCGCGCCGGCGCCUCGGGUGCGCUCAAGGAGGACCAGGGCAGCUACCGCGAGUUCGCCGCCCCCUUCAUGGUCCAGCUCAAGGAGAACCUCUUCCGCGUGUUCCAGCAAUACUGGCGCACGCCCGUCUACAUCUACUCCAAGACGGCGCUCUGCACCCUGGUCGCGCUCUUCAUCGGUUUCAUCUUCUUCGACGCGCCCAACUCCAUCAUGGGUCUCCAGAACCAAAUGUUUGCCAUCUUCAACAUUAUGACCAUUUUCGGCCAGAUUGUGCAGCAGUCCAUGCCCCAGUUUGUCAUCCAGCGUGAUCUCUACGAGGCACGCGAGCGACCCUCCAAGGUGUACUCUUGGAAGGUCUUCAUGCUGUCUCAGAUCAUCGUCGAACUGCCCUGGAAUGCCCUGAUGGCCGUGCUCAUGUACUUUUGCUGGUACUACCCCGUUGGCCUGUACAACAACGCCACCGGCGCCGUGGCCGAGCGUGGCGCCCUGACCUUUUUGUUCCUGCUCAUGUUCAUGCUCUUUACCGGUACCUUCUCGACCUUUAUCAUCGCCGGCUUCGAGACCGCCGAGGGCGGCGCGCAGAUCGCAAACGUCAUGUUCAUGAUGUGCCUCAUCUUCUGCGGUGUCCUCGCCACGCCCGACGACAUGCCUCGCUUCUGGAUCUUCAUGUACCGCGUGUCCCCCUUCACCUACCUCAUUUCCGGCAUGCUCUCCACCGCCGUGGCCAACACGGACGUCGUGUGCGCCGAGAACGAGUACCUUCCCAUCAUCGCCCCGGACAACACCACGUGUAGGGAGUACCUGGGCCCCUGGCUCAGCGGCGCCGGUGGCUAUCUCCGCAACGAGGAUGCCGAGACCAACUGCGAGCUGUGCCCUCUGGCCACGACGAACGAGUUCUUGGCUGGUGUCCGUGCCGACUACGGCGACCGCUGGCGAAACUUUGGUAUUCUCUGGGUGUACAUCUUUGCCAACAUUGUCUUCGCUCUCUUUGUCUACUGGUGGGUGCGCAUGCCCAAGAAGGCCAAGACUGCCAAGCAGGACAAGAAGGAGUCGGCGGCCACCGCGCAAUCCCACGUCUCGGACGAGAAGACGGCGGAGCGGCAGACUUCGGCUGGAUCCGACGAGCCCGUUAAGGAGGUGAAUUGA